AUGGCAGAAGAAUUCCUUGAUUUCCUUACGGGACUGUGUAUUUCUCAUCACAGAAGCAAAACCGCAGAUUCCUUUAGUGAUUUUGAGGAGUUAUGGGUUAAAAUGGGGGAGGAAUUGGAACGGUCUGCGUUUCCAUCUCGUUAUAUUCCACCCCCUCCCUCUCCAAACUACCAUUCGACAUUAAGUACAAUUGGCAAAGAAAAUGAGUCAUUAAAAAGACCCCUAAGUCCUACACCAGAGAGCCAGGGUAACUGCGGCACCUUUGCACCAGUUGCCAGCUACUCGCCGGCACUCGAUUCAAACUGCAGUGCCUUUGCGCCAGUUACCAGUAACUCGGAUAAUGAUAAGGGUCGAUUUAGUCAGGUGGAAGACUCCAUCCUGACUACUUUGAGGCGAACAAAUCCGGACAAGAUGUGUAAAUUGGAGAAGAGGAUGAAGGAACAGAGCAAGCAAGAUGUCUUAGAACAAGUCGAAGUCUUAAAAACCCUCCUGGCCAGAGUGACCUUGGAUUGCGAGCAAAUUAAAAUUAUCUUAAACUUUAUAGAAGAUAAGUUGUCUAAAGUAGAUAGCUGUACCUCGGCUAAAAGGGUCAAGUUUACAACGCUCUAG